GCAGCCACUAGUUCAUCACUUACUAGAGCCUGAAUCUAAAAACCCUAAUUCAAUAUUCGACAAAGGGGGUUUUCUUCUUCCAAGGUUUCAGAUUCUCUCGCUAUCCAAAGUUUUGUUUUUUGUUUGAAAUCGAGGAUGAGAGAAUCGAAAUCAGCCAAGCUGAAUCAGCUACAACAACAACAACAAGAUAAUCACCAGAAUGUUCACUUGUCUCCAUCGAAAUUAGCGAAAUUGUUCGAUCCCGAUGCUUCUUGGGAUAAGGAUCAAUUGGGAGAUGUGUUGCAUUGGAUUAGACAAGUGGUGGGAUUGAUCUGUGGAUUGUUAUGGGGAUCUAUUCCACUUGUUGGAGGCAUUUGGAUCAUUCUGUUUUUGGCAAUAUCCUCGGGCAUCGUUUACGGUUACUACGCAAUGAUUCUUAAGGUUGAUGAAGAAGAUUUCGGUGGCCAUGCAGCUUUACUCCAAGAGGGUCUCUUCGCAUCGCUUACUCUCUUUUUGCUCGCAUGGAUUCUUGUCUAUAGCUUGGCACACUUCUGAAAAACGCUGAGCAACAUUCUUUUUACUCA